AUGGGCGAUUUUAUGGAAAUGACUGCACUUCUGGACCUCAUAUGGCUGUCCCACGCAAACCACGCGCAGACGUUUGAGUCUGCAGGGUGUUUGUUUUUUGGAAGUGAUUUCAUUAAAAAAGGUUUUCUAGACCCUCUUCAAAGCUCUCCUCCUCCUCUGAUCUUUCAAAACACAACAAACCCUAGCUCCUCCCAGCCGACACCACAUCUCCCCUCCGCCACCACCACAUCUCUGUCACCUCCCCCACCUCGGGUUGACCCGACGUCACCUCCCUCACCUCCGAUUGAGCCGCCGACAACCACCUGCUGUGUCCACCCCACACAACAACCACCUCCAAUUGAGCCUCUAGCAGCCGUCGUUCUCUGUCACCUACAGAUUUCACCUUUUCAUGAUUGGUGA